CUGCGACACGGGGCUGAGCUCCGUCACCUGAACAUGGCAGCUCAUAUUUUCUUCAAGGACCCAACAGCAGUUUAUAUUCUGUCAGGACAGCUCAACGGCCAGAAUUGCAAGACCUGCUGUGAUUGCCGUCCCUCACCGGUGGACUAUGCCCCCCUGAGUCAGCUGAGGGAGGGGGGGGCGCACUGCUCUGGCUCCCAUCUGGAGAAUCUAGCUGAAUCCGACCAGGAGACGGCUCGAACGAGAUUUGCUCUGACAUGUGAGCCUAAAGGUAGUUACUUGCUUUUAUCUUUUGCCAGGGUAUUACUAAAGAUGACUUCAACUGUUUCACCUGUUCCCAACACAACCGUCCCCUCAAACACAACUGCUGUCACCAAAAGCAAAGAGCAAAUACUCAUCCAAAGCUCCGGAGCAAUGAUUGCUGUCAUUGUAAUAGGCAUCAUCAUCAUUCUUGCCAUUCUACUCAUCAUCCUGAAGACGUACAACAGGCGCACGUAUGCAUCCAGAGUCCUGGGGGCCAGGAAUGCCUCCAAACCUCGUCCGAAGCUGUCCCAAUCCACCACUCAGAGCAACUUGCCUCUAAACGACGUGAGGGUCAGCUCGGUGUCCGGCAGCCUCAUCAACUCGAGCCCAGCUUCAGAAAUCGCCUUUCAGCUGCCCAGGGAGGAGCAAAGCAGCGUGGAUCGCGUGGAGCAGUUCAGCACAAACAGUGAAUCCACUGUGGUCACCAUUCACAAUCCUGUGAACACAUAGCACACAGACCUGCACGGACUAAUGCUGAGUCUCAUAACAGACUUUGACUGACACAUAUUGUGCUGACUGAAUGCUGUGGAAAUCAUUGGUGUCAUAAUUGCUUUCAUCCUUUUGCUGUACAAAAAUAUACAUUAUGAACAAAAUGGUACCAGUAACAGACACAGCGGAUAUUAUGAGGUAUACUGUAUGGCAAACAUGGAAACUUAUUUUGUGGAACUUAAGUCAGUGUUCAGAGCAAUCAUGUUACAAUAACAUGUACUCUUAAAAGAAAGUGAGAACGAACACUAUGAUGGCUGAUAAAAUGUUAGUCCAAAGCAGUGAUUCUCAAACGUUUCCUCUGUUUCACUAUGUAAAUUUCCCUGAGUUAUCCAAGCCUUUCUUCAGUGCCAGCAUGCCAUCUUGCGUGUUCAAAACUUUGGUCCCCAGUGUGAACAUUUCUGUAUUAAAGGCAAUAAAAAUGUUAUGAGCCAAAGCACAGUUAUCAUAAAAAUCAAAGAAGACCUAAAUAAUAUGACAGAUUAUGAAGAAGUUUUGUUUAGUAUACCUGUAUGCGUGAGGAAUAGAGAUUAUUCUGAUUCACUUUGGCCUGUAGUAUUUUUUUUUAUUAUCAUAUGUUGGUUUAACUUGUGUAUAUUUCCAUUUUAGAGAUUAGUAAAUUAAAUCUUUCAAUUUCGAGUGCAUUUCUCUUUUACCCACAUGAGGUAAAGAGUGCAUAGAGAUGUGAUGGUAAAAAGCUUUCAGCAUGACCUUCUAUUGAAAAUCCUUUUUAAUUUGACACUUAAGUAUUUUGCACUUUAUAUUCACUAUUCCCUAUUUCUGUUUCUUGUGGCUCUUUUAGAAAAUGAGAUGGAAAUAAAUGUAUUAUUUUUAAAAGUGGA